AGGAAACUACCUUCACUUCUCCGCCUCAUAAAUAAAUAAUUUACAUCUAAAAAAAGAAAAGGAGUAUGAUUGAUGAAAGAUGAACAUGCAUCGUGAUAACAUUAGAUGGUUACAAUAUCCUCACCAACUUGGAAGUGACACAAAUUAUACAUUACUACUAGUUAGUACUAGUAGAUCUGAAUCUCUCUCUCUUUCUUCUUCUCUAAUGCCGUAAAUUGUAAGCUAACUCUUCCCACAUAGUGCCUCGAUUCUCGCUUUUGCUCUCUCUCUCUUUCCUCCGACAAUGAAUAGGAAUCUCAGAGAAUCUCUUGCCGGUGGGAGGAAUAUUCCGGCGAUCUCUCAGUUUCGUAGAGGCAAUAACAACAACAGCAACAACAUCUCUCAAAAUGGCUUCUCUAGAGAUUCCGAUGAGAAUCUAGAUCUUUUCUCUAAGAUCCGUCGCUCAUUUCCUUUGGCUUCCUCCGACGAAUUACCCGACGUUUCUGCAAAACUCGGGAGACUCUCGGUCGGAUCCAAAAUAGCUCCCAAAGGCAAAGAUGAUCUCUUGUCUUCAGCUGAAGGAGGAAAAAAUGAUUAUGAUUGGCUUCUUACGCCUCCUGGAACACCUCUUGGAAACGACUCUCAUUCAUCUUUGGCAGCUCCAAAGAUUGCAUCUUCCGCUAGAGCCAGUUCUGCUUCAAAGGCUUCAAGGCUUUCAGUUUCGCAGUCAGAGAGCGGUUACCAUUCCUCCCGUCCAGCCAGAAGUAGCUCUGUGACUCGCCCAUCCAUUUCCACCUCGCAAUACAGCUCAUUUACUUCAGGCCGUUCACCAUCUUCAAUCCUAAACACUAGUUCAGCUUCAGUCUCAUCCUACAUCAGACCUUCAUCCCCGAGUUCCCGUUCCUCAUCUUCAGCUAGACCUUCCACUCCCACCCGUACUUCUUCCGCAUCACGGUCCUCAACUCCAUCGAGAAUCCGUCCAGGGUCAUCUAGUUCAUCCAUGGACAAGGCUAGACCGUCCCUGAGCUCAAGACCAUCGACUCCAACUUCUAGACCACAACUCUCAGCAAGCUCUCCAAAUAUAAUUGCUUCUAGACCAAAUUCUCGUCCUUCAACCCCUACCCGUCGAAGCCCAUCAUCCACCUCAUUGUCUGCAACAUCAGGACCCACUAUUUCAGGUGGACGUGCUGCAUCAAAUGGUCGUACUGGACCUUCAUUGUCUAGGCCAAGCUCUCCUGGACCUAGAGUUAGAAACACCCCGCAACAGCCAAUUGUGCUAGCAGACUUCCCUCUUGAUACACCACCUAAUCUGAGAACAUCUCUCCCGGACAGACCAAUAUCAGCUGGCAGGUCCAGGCCAGUUGGUGGUAGCAGCAUGGCUAAGGCAAGUCCAGAACCCAAAGGUCCCAUCACAAGAAGGAAUUCAUCUCCUAUUGUGACGAGAGGAAGACUCACUGAGACCCAAGGAAAAGGCCGUUUUGGUGGUAAUGGGCAGCAUCUCACAGAUGCACCAGAGCCCCGAAGGAUUUCAAACGUUUCUGACAUAACUUCACGGAGAACCGUGAAGACCUCGACAACUGUCACGGACAAUAACAACGGGCUUGGGAGGUCAUUCUCAAAAAGUUCACUCGAUAUGGCCAUUAGACACAUGGACAUAAGAAAUGGAAAGACUAAUGGUUGCGCACUAUCAACCACAACGCUAUUCCCUCAGAGCAUCAGACCAGCCUCAUCCAAGAUCCAGCCAAUCCGUUCAGGGAAUAAUCAUUCGGAUUCUAUCAGCAGCAAUGGCACAGAGAACGGGAAUGAAGCAAACGAGGGUAGAAGACUGAUGGGGAAGUUGAGUGACAUGGACAUGUAUGAGAGCUCAAGGUAUGAUGCAUUGUUGCUGAAAGAGGACGUCAAAAACACAAACUGGUUACAUAGCAUCGAUGACCGGUCGUCAGAUCACGGACUCAUGUUUGACAAUGGAGGAUUCGAGCUACUUCCAGAGCCAUUUGCCCCACUAUAACACACACACACACACACCCCACAAGUAAACACCUUUUUUUCUUUCUAAAAUCACUUCUCUUUUUUUUUUUUUUUUUUUUUUAAAUUUUAUCUUACACAAUUUGUUUGCUUGUCGAUGGUGGAAAGAUAUAAGGCUCAAGUGGUUCUUGGUUCUUUGGUUAUUGAUUCUUGAUUCAUGGCUAUUGAGUGAGGUUUGUAACUUUGUAGUUAUAAUAUUUGAAGAGAUGGUAACGUAUAAGAGGGUACCUCAUGUUCACUCUUGUUGGAAACGAUCAUGAACGAAAAAACAAUUAGAAUGUGAAAAGAGGAAAGAGAGGGUCACACGACUCACGCGCCUAACGUGAAUCAAUGACAGAGCUAAAGUUAAUAAUGGGUGACAACGAAGCACACAACCAACAACAGGCCAGUGUAGUUCUGAUAAAAGAAAAAAAUUAAUUCCAGAAAUUGACUUUCAUUAAUGUCAUAUUUGAGAUUUAAGAAGUUUUAAAUUUUUGUUAUUUAUUUUCUCUUUUAUGUUACCC